ACUAUACACUUUAUAUUACUAUACAUAAACAUUUCUUCAAUAUUAUCUUCUUUUUAUAAUACGUACGUUGCUAAUUUCAUAUCGAUAUCCAUGUCUUUAUUGUGCAAGUAGCAUCCGUACAAACCGUUAUUAAUCUACUGUAUUGUUAAAUGAACGACAGUUUUAAUUCUUUCGAGAUGAAUAUUUCUUUUAACAAUGAAAAUUAUAAUAUGAUUAUACGGAAUAUAAUACGUUCAAAUUUGGAAAAAUAAAAAUCAAACAGAAUUUUAAAAAUGGGACGUGUAUAGCUCUACUUGUAAUAAGAUUCUAUAUUCUACUGAUUCUCAGUGAUGUUAAGAAAAUUCGAACAAUUUAACAGGCUCCUGAAAGUUAUACGCGCAUGUUUUAUUUUAAUUAUUUUAAGUAUUUAAACAAUUACUAUUAUUUCAUGUACAUUUACCUCUGCAACUAUCCAAUUCUUCCCUCCAAGUGUAAUCAUACGUUACUUCACUUGAGAUACGGAAGCAUUUUUAAUCUCCAGAUCUUUAAGCAUGUAGAUAUUAAGUUGUCAGAUUGCGAUGACUUAUCCCUCCUCUUAUAUUUAUUUGGACCGUCGAUUGUCUACAGUUAUAAGUUAUAAAUUUUAUUGCCUCUGUGAUAAGUUACUAGUGUCUUUCGCUCAAGCGAGUCUACCACUGCACUUCAACUGUUAUAUAAAAACGGACUAAUAAUUUUUCUUACACAUCAUUUUAAGAAUUGGUUCUACACCAUAUAAAAAAUGAUUCGUAUAAAAAUAUACGUAGAAAUAUUUUUGUUCCUAAUUCCGAUCGUGCAGUCAACAAAAGCAAAUUAUGAGUUGGAGUCGCUUCAAAUUGUAUUUAGACAUGGCGAUCGAACACCAAAUAAAGAAGAAUUAUAUCCUACAUUAGCCUAUGAUCCUAUUUACGAAACGCUUGGUUACGGUCAAUUAACCGAGGUUGGGAAAAUGAGAGAAUUUCGUCUUGGCACAAUGUUGAGAAGACGGUAUAGUACAUUUCUGGGUGGUCAUCAUAAAUAUGGUAGCGUUUACGCCUACAGUUCGGACGUUGAGCGAACAAAAAUGUCUCUGCAAUUAGUUUUGGCCGGUCUGUAUCCUCCUACACUGAGCGAGGAAGGCCGAAUACUGUUAUCUCCAAUAGCAGCGAAUUACUUGCCGAUGAUUAUAGACAAUCUACUGUUCCCGAUAAGUUGUCCAGCGUUCCGCGAUGAAUAUCGUAAAACGAAAAAUUCACCUGCGAUUCAGGCGAAAAUAUCGCAGAACAAAGAACUUUUUAAGUAUAUUGGCAUGCACACUGGUUUAAACAUGACAUCAGAUCCAAUUUACUCAAUUUAUUUAUUGCACAUCCUCUUCACGACACAGAGAAGUAUGAACAUUACCCUCCCCCCAUGGGCAACCGAAGAUGUGCAAAAGAAAAUAGUGCCAUUUGUAAAAUUGGAGUAUGAUAUCCAAUCUUAUAACACAUUACUUAAGCGACUAAAUGGAGGUUUUCUUAUAAAGGAAUUCAUUAAAAACAUGGAUACGAAGAAAGAUGGAAGGUCUCCGAAGAUUUAUGUAUAUAGUGGGCAUGAAAUAAACAUUGCAGCUGUUGCCAGAGUACACGGUUUGACUAAACCUGAAAUCCCCAGUUUUGGAUCUGCAAUUGUAGUUGAAACACUACGAAACAGCAUUGGUAAAAAAUUUGUUAAGAUAUUACACUGGACUGGCGUUACGGAAGAAUUGAUCACUUAUGCGAUUCCUAACUGUGGUGAAAUAUGUCCAUAUGAACAGUACGUAAAACUUAUGCAAUAUGUUAUCCCUUCAGAAAAAGAAUCAGAUUGCUUAUGGAAUAAGAUAUCAAAGGAUAUGUUACGUCUGUAUUACUCAGGACAAUUGAAUCUACCUAAAAAUGAAAAUAUGUUUUGAAUUUCGAAAUUCCAACUUGAAAAGACAUUUAUGAAAGCCAAAUAAGCGCUUAUUCUACACCUGCUACUUGGAACCAAAUUACUUUGUUACAAACCAAUAUCUAAUAUAAUAUCUUCGUAAGUGUAACGGAACGCAUCAGGCGUUUUUAACGUAAAUAUCUGAGGGCUUGCCUGGAUAUAUAUCGUGUAACAUCUUUUACUAUUUACUGUUUACUAUUUACAAUCUACAUUGAUUCAAUAAGUUUGAUUCAAGAUAAAGAUAAUUUACCAAUUAUUUAUCACGUAUUUAGAAAAUCCUAUGGUAAAGAAAUUACUUAUAGUAAAAAUAAUUAUUGGUCUAAUCUCCGUUCUGCACAAAUAUUGGUGGCUGGGUAAUCCUGGCCAGCCGAAACGUUGACAAAGAAAAAAGGAGGAAAGAAAUUGAUACUCAUAUAUAUUUUUGUUAUCUUAUUACUGUUAUUAAAAGCAAUUAAUUUACUACGUUUUACAUAUAUAU